AUGGAUGAUCCUUUCAUUUGGUCAUUCACAAGCGGCUUGUUUAUACAAUCCAAGAAGGAAGUAGGAACCUCAAAACUUGAUAAAAGAUUUAAUUUCCACCCAUCAGACAGUUUGCUUGUUCACAACACCUCAUCAUUGAUGGCACUUGUGAGAGCAUCCGAUCCACAAACCUCCUCUGUUUCCAGUACUUCUCGAUAUUGUCGUUAUCACGUGUUCCUGAGUUUCAGAGGCCAAGACACUCGCAAGACUUUCACUGACCACCCAUACACGGCUCUUGUCAACGCAGGAUUUCGCACUUUCCGAGACGAUGAUGAAGUCGAGAGAGGAGAAGGUAUCGAGCCCGAACUGCAGAAAGCAAUCAAACACUCAAGAACUUCUGUUAUUGUGUUCUCGAAAGACUACGCAUCCUCCAGAUGGUGCCUUGACGAGCUCAUCAUGAUCCUUGAACGCAAGAGGAUCUCAGCUGACCAUGUCGUUUUACCUGUCUUCUACGGCGUGGAUCCAUCCAACUUGCGGAAGCAGACAGGAAGUCUUGCAAAGGCAUUUGCUGGACACCAAAAAACCCAACCGUCGAACAAAGUGAAGGAAUGGAGGGAGGCACUUGCAGAGGUUGCAGAUCUGGCAGGAAUGGUCUGGAUAGAUAACUAA